GAAAUUUUCUGGUUCUCUUUGUUUAUUCGUCAACCAAUCGGUUAGCGGCAAUUUGAAAUCGCUUUUCAAACAUAUUUGUUCGUUUUACAUAUCUAAUCGAAUUUUAAAUAUUGUGUUUUAUUAAUGAAAUGUCUCAUCUUAACUUGGAAAAAGAAUUAAUGUCAUCUUUAAAAAUGGAUACUAAAGGACCCCUGCCUAAAUGGCAAAGAAAAAAAUUAGAAAAUUCAACUUCAAGUGUUAAUAAUUCACUUAACCUAUCAAGUAAUUCUGUUGCUGCAGGAAGUAACAAAACUCCAUCAAAUUCUCCAGCAAGAUCUAAAUCUCCUUCUAGAAAUAAAACUCCCAAUCAAGGUGAUCGUUUUAUUCCUAAUCGUAGUGGAAUGCAGUUUGAAAUUAGUCAUUAUAAACUCAUGCAGGAGAAUAAAAAUGACCAUGAGAAUUUGAGCCCAAAUAGUCAAGAAUAUAAACGUAUUAUGAAUGAAAAUUUAAAUGGAGAUAUGUCAAAUUUUAAAAUACUCUCUUAUCAAAAGAAAGCACAGAUUCCAGAAGGUUAUAACAGUGAUAUGAAAGUAAUUUAUAGUGCCAGUAAAGUGUCAACUGUAAAGAAAGGAACCCGUUUUAUACCACAUAUUCCAGAAAGAAUAUUAGAUGCUCCAGAAAUAGUAGAUGAUUAUUAUUUAAAUUUAUUAGACUGGAGUGCAAAUAAUAUUUUAGCAGUAGCCCUAGCUGGUCAUGUCUAUUUAUGGAAUGCUGGAACUGGUGAAAUAGAACAACUUAUGGAAUUAGAUGAAGCAACCGAAAUUAUAUGUUCUGUUUCUUGGGUAAAGGAAGGAACUCACUUAGCAAUUGGAACUAGUUUAGCUGAAGUUCAAUUAUGGGAUGUUGAAAAAUUAAAAAGGCUUAGGGUCAUGAGAGGUCACACUGCAAGAAUUGGAUCACUAUCAUGGAAUUCUUACAUUUUAUCAAGUGGAUCUAGAAGUGGAUUUAUACAUCAUCAUGAUGUUCGUAUUGCUCAGCAUCAUGUUGGCACAUUACAUGGUCAUAAUCAAGAAGUAUGUGGAUUGGAAUGGUCUCCUGAUGGUCAAUUUCUUGCAAGUGGAGGUAAUGACAAUGUGUUAAACAUAUGGUCUUCAGCCAUUAACCAUAACCAUGAUGAAAAUCAUCCAUUUCAUUCAUUUUCACAACAUCAAGCUGCUGUUAAGGCUUUAGCAUGGUGCCCGUGGCAACCAAAAAUAUUAGCUAGUGGUGGAGGAACAGCUGAUCGAACAAUUAAAAUUUGGAAUUGUAAUUUAGGAACUUGUUUGAAUUCAGUCGACACCAAAUCUCAGGUUUGUGGACUUUUAUGGUCUAAAGAUUAUAAAGAAUUAAUAUCGGCACAUGGAUUUGCAAAUUAUGAGUUAAUUAUUUGGAAAUAUCCAACAAUGACAAGAGUUGCAGAACUUACAGGUCACACAGCAAGAAUAUUAAAUUUAGCAAUGAGUCCCGAUGGUAGUACUGUUAUAUCAGCUGGAGCAGAUGAAACUCUUCGUCUUUGGAAAUGUUUUGCCACAGACACUGAUAAAAAGAAAAAGGAGAUAAAAAAUAAAACUGCUAAUAGUGCAUUGCGUCUUGCAUUUAGUAUGAGAUAAUGUAAAUUAAUGAACCUCUGCAUCUUGCAAUCACUGCAUGUUUUUAAUCUGUAUUCAUGUUUUCAAUUCUUAAUCAUAGAAUAACUUUUAUAAAAAGCAAACACUAUUUUUAAAAUUGACUGUAGUACUAAAAUAAAAAUUGUGUAUUUAUUUAUAGAUGUGUAUAAAUUAAUUGCUGCAUUGUAAA